CCCCUGCGAGGGCUGGUGAUAAAAGGCCGCGGCGGCCAGCGCCGGCUCAGAGGGAGGAAAUGCCGAAAUCUCCUCGGCUCGACGCGGCGGCGGCGAGCGCCCACUGACCCACCCCGGCACAGAGCAAACUGCCGGUGCCUUCCCUGCCGUGGCACCCCGGCACCGUGGGGACCUCUGUGCCAUGUGGGCGCUCCGCCUUGGCCUCGUGGCCUUGGCCUGUGCCACGACAGCUCUGUGUGCCACCAGAGCCCAGCGCCGGGCGCUGGACGGGGGCGGGCGCCGGCGCUACCACCGAGUGCAGCACGGGCACUGCAGCUACACCUUCGUGCUGCCCGAGGCUGACCCACUGCCCUGCCCGGCCUCCCCCGGUCCUGCCCCUGGCCCGGCCAACGUGUUGCUGCAGCGGGACUCGCCGGCAGGCACCGCACAUGCCGGGCAUGGGGCUGCCCAGCGCCUGCAGCACCUCGAGAGGAUCCUGGAGAACAGCACCCAGUGGCUGCUGAAGCUGGAGAGCUACAUCCAGGGCAGCAUGAGGCCGGAGGUGGCGGAGCUGCGGCAGAAGCAGAACCAGACGGCCACCGUGCUGGAGAUCGGCAGCUCCCUCCUCAACCGCAGCGCCGAGCAGAGCCGCAAGCUCACUGACGUGGAGGCCCAGGUGCUGAAUCAGACUUGGCGCAUCGAGAUGCAACUCCAGGAGAAUUCCCUGUCCACCACCAAGCUGGAGAAGCAGCUGCUGCUGCAGACCAACGAGAUCCACAAGCUGCAGAACAGGAACAACAUCCUGGAAGUGCGGGUGCUGGAGAUGGAGACGAAGCAGCAGGCGGAGCUGGCAGGGGCCCACUUGGAGAAGGAGAAGCUGCAGCGGCUGCUGAGCCGGCAGAGUGGCACCAUCGAGGAGCUGGAAAAGACGCUGCUGGCUGCCAGUGCCAACACCAGCCUGCUCCAGCGCCAGCAGCUCCAGCUCCUCCAGUCCGUGCAGAGCCUGGUGCGCCUCGUCUCCCAGGGCAGAGCCAUGUCACCUGGGCAGGAGCAGCAAUUCCAGGACUGUGCCGAGGUGCGCCGGGCAGGCAUCCGCACCAGCGGCGUGUACACCUUGCACAUCGCCAACCUCAGUGAGCCCAAAAAGGCAUACUGUGACAUGGAGACAGACCAAGGGGGCUGGACUGUCAUCCAGCUUCGUGCCAACGGCAGCCUCAGCUUCCAAAGGAGCUGGAGGGAGUACAAGCAGGGCUUCGGGGAUGCAGCAGGGGAGUACUGGCUGGGUAAUGAGGCCGUGCACCUGCUGACGAGCCGGGUGCCCUACACCCUGCGAGUGGAGCUGCAGGACUGGGAGGGCGGACAGGUGUAUGCCCAGUACGGGAAAUUCCAGCUGGGAAGUGAGCGGCAGCUUUACAGGCUGUCACUGCAGGACUACAGUGGCACGGCCGGGCAGCAGAGUGGCCUGGCCCUGCAGGGCACCCAGUUCAGCACCCGCGAUGCCGACAACGACAACUGCCUCUGCAAGUGUGCCCAGAUGCUCUCGGGAGGAUGGUGGUUCGACGCCUGUGGCCUCUCCAACCUGAACGGCAUCUACUACCCAGCCCGGAACAACAUCCGCAAGCUCAACGGCAUCCGCUGGCACCACUUCCAGGGGCCCAGCUACUCCCUGAAGGGCACUCGCAUGAUGAUCCGACCCACCAGCUUCUAAUGUGCCGGCAGUUGGGGCGGCACUGAGACGGUGCCAGCAGAGAGGGAAAAGCCCAGGACAAGGGAUGGUUGAGGGAGACCGAGACCCCCCUGGCCACUGCAGGGAACCUUUUCCACCAGUAAUUUUUUUUCACUCUUGUUUAUCCAAUUUUCCAGAUGCCUGCAGUGUCACCAUGGCCAUGCUGGAGGGACUAGGGGCAGGGGUGAGGGGUGCUGGUGCUGCAGGAGCUGGCCUGGGGGCCCUGCCAUGAGACAAAGCCAGCCCGGCUGAAGUGGGCUCCAGCACAUGGAAACCCCCUGAUCCCACCUCAGCUUCUCUCCACAGAUUUCUGCUGGGACUCAGGGGUUUGCCCUGGGGACAGGGGUCCAAGAGCCCCCCACCCCCAGUGAUGAGAGCCUCUGGGACCACUGUGCACUCAGAAGGGCUCCAAGGCAUGGUGGGGGCUUUGCCUUUUCACUGAUUUUGGGCAUUGUAAAGCCCUCACCAUCCUGCUUUCCUGUAGGAUUAGAGGAGCUGGGUAGGACAGAGAUCUUCACAAGUACCAGGGCUGGUGGCAUCCCACCAUCCCCUCCUGCCCAGGCACAGCCAUGCAGGGGGACACAGGCUGUCCCCUUCCGAACGUAGCUCAAGCCACUGUCUUCCUGCAUGGCAGGACAGGCACUGCUCCUCACAGGAUGGGGCCGGUCACCAGAGAGGACAAGAAGAGCAGGGGGUGCCUGUGGGGACCCUCAGGGGGCCCAGUCCUGGGAUGGCUGACGGCCCAGUGCUGGAAGACACUCACUGGGAGCAGACACUGCACUGGCAGGGGGCUGGCAGAGCCCCAGGAUAGCCAGGAUGGGUCUGGAGGUCACAGGUGGG